AACCAAUCAGAAGAAACGUCCACAAAUGCUAGUGAGGUUAACUUAGCUGCACAGAAAUAUUGCUACAUGCUCGAGUUCAGGGGACUUUAAAGAUUUUAGCUUAAAAGUUUAGCACAGAUAGUUUACAGACGUUGAGCUAUGCCUGAAGAUAACGCAGAUAAACCAUAUAUAGUCACAUGCACGGCUCCUGUGAAUAUCGCUGUCAUUAAAUACUGGGGUAAAAGAGAUGAAGAUUUGAUUCUACCCAUCAACUCAUCUUUGAGCGUCACAUUGCAUCAAGACCAGUUGAAAACAACCACGACAGUUGCAAUCAGCAGAUUAUUUAAGGAGGACAGAUUAUGGCUGAAUGGAAAAGAGGAGGACAUAACGCACCCAAGACUACAGUCCUGUCUGAGAGAGAUCAGAAGACUAGCACGGAAAAGGCGAAAUGACGGCGACCCCGAUUCAACAGGGUUGUCUCAUAAAGUCCACAUCUGCUCUGUGAACAACUUUCCCACUGCUGCUGGACUCGCCUCUUCAGCCGCUGGAUUUGCUUGCCUCGUUUAUAGUUUGGCUCAGGCUUUUGGUGUGGAAGGAAAUUUGUCUGGGAUUGCUCGUCAAGGCUCUGGUAGCGCCUGCAGAAGCAUGCAUGGUGGAUUUGUACAGUGGAUCAUGGGAAACAGAGAAGAUGGGAAGGACAGUGUUGCCCAGCAGGUGGAGCCAGAGAGUCACUGGCCUGAGCUCAGGGUCCUUGUACUUGUGGCUUGUGCCGAGCGGAAGCCAAUAGGCAGCACCUCCGGAAUGCAAACCAGUGUACAAACAAGUCUUCUCCUAAAGCAUCGAGCUGAGUCGGUCGUUCCGUGCCGGAUGGGCGAGAUGAUUGACGCUGUGCGAAGAAAGGACUUCCCUGCAUUUGCUGAACUAACCAUGAAGGACAGCAACCAGUUUCAUGCCACCUGCCUCGACACGUACCCUCCCAUCUUCUACCUCAACAGUGUUUCUCAGCAGGUCAUCCACUUGGUGCAUCGUUAUAACAGGCAUUACAGCGAGACCCGGGUGGCCUACAGUUUUGAUGCGGGACCCAACGCAGUGAUCUUCACUUUACAGCAACAUGUUCCAGAGUUUGUCCAGGUCGUUCAGCAUUUCUUCCCUCCAGACACAAACGGAGAAGACUUUAUUAAAGGUCUUCCAGUGAGGCAUGUUGCUCUGUCAGAGGAGCUGAAGCGGGCUGUUGGCCUGGAGCCCAUGCCAAAGGGAAUAAACUACAUUAUUAGUACCAAGGCUGGACCAGGCCCCCGUGUAGCCGAUGACCCCUCACAGAACUUACUUUCAGCCGACGGUUUCCCCAAGGAAACUAAGGCUCCUCUAAUCUGAAGACGCAAGUUCAGCCGAACCCCACUCUGUAGCAACAGAGUCAAUUUUAAUAAAUCUGUGUAAAAUGUGUUUUCAUCACUAGGGUUGGACCAAUCAUUGAAGCAACUUUCACUGGGUAGCACAUUUUACCGCUGUGUCUUGGUAAUUGCAAUCAGUUUUCUUUGUGUAGCUCUCGAUAAUUGAUUGCAUUUACACGUAGAUGAACUCUUAAAAUGUAAAAAAAAAAAAAAAUUACUUUAACUCCAAGCUAGUCAUAUUUUUAUUGUCCAGUUUUCAAAUAGCAAAUGGUCUCUUCUAGUUUUAUUAAUUGAU